CAAACAUGCUUCUAGGUAAGGCACCAACCGAAUUGAGUCAUUGAAAGAGGUGGGACCCACCUGGAAAAGGCAGCAGUUUACAGCUAUGAAUCUCUCCAUUCCCACAACGAAUGCGAGUGAAUCAAUUUAUACACAACCUCCCAAAUCAGCAUUUCUCUAUAAACCAAGAAGAAUCAGAAACUGGUGCUCUGUGAUGAACUCCUGGAGAGUAAUACAGCUGCUGCGUUCUCAACAAUUUCUCUUCUUCCAGUAGCUAAACCGCGUUUGCAACAUUAUUUGAAAGAUUUUGGAUUGCUGUGUCUCUACCUGAAUUUUGAGUUCAUUUCAGAAGCCAACUGAUUUAUCGGCUUUUGAAGCUGGACAGAUAUUGGUGGCUGGUCAAUCUUAUUUAGUUAAGGAGAUAGAAUUCUACAAAUUUGUCAUCAAAAGCUGUGGUUGAGGCAUGUCUAUUGGUAUUUCAUGGGUGGUGUUUCCCACCUCUAAGGCUUUCAAUGGUGUGGAUCCAGUUCGGGAUGGAAACCGGAUUCUUGAUUCGUUUAAGGCCAGUUCUUGGUGCAAAAAUGUGAUUAGCAAUGGCAGGGGUAUGAAGAAAAGGCAAAGCUAUGAGAAUGGAGGUAGACUCUCUCUCAGAUCAAGUAUGGUAGCUACUCCAGCAGGGGAAGUCGCCUUAACAUCAGAGCAGCUGGUCUAUGAUGUGGUUUUGAAGCAGGCAGCCUUGGUUCAGAGGCGCCUCAAAAGUGACGAAGAUUUGGAUGUGAAGCCGGAUAUCCUUCUUCCUGGAUCUCUUGGCUUGUUGAGUGAAGCUUAUGAGCGUUGCCGAGAAGUUUGUGCUGAAUAUGCUAAGACAUUUUACCUCGGUACACUGUUGAUGACCCCGGAGAGGCGGAGAGCUAUCUGGGCAAUAUACGUCUGGUGUAGGAGAACAGAUGAGCUUGUUGAUGGGCCAAAUGCCUCACACAUAACUCCAAUGGCCUUAGAUAGGUGGGAGGCGAGGCUGGAAGAUAUUUUCAGAGGGCGCCCUUUUGAUAUGCUCGAUGCUGCUCUUGCAGAUACCGUUUCCAGGUUUCCCGUUGACAUCCAGCCGUUCAGGGAUAUGAUCGAGGGAAUGAGAAUGGACCUGUGGAAGUCGAGAUACCAGAACUUUGAUGAGCUGUAUCUCUAUUGUUAUUAUGUGGCUGGUACUGUCGGAUUGAUGAGUGUGCCGAUUAUGGGCAUUGCACCCGAGUCCCAGGCUGCGACUGAGACUGUCUAUAAUAACGCUUUGGCGUUAGGGAUUGCUAAUCAGCUUACCAAUAUUCUCAGGGAUGUUGGAGAAGAUGCGCGACGUGGAAGAAUCUAUCUGCCUCAGGACGAGUUGGCACAGGCAGGGCUAACAGAGGACGACAUAUUUGCUGGGAAAGUAACCGAUAAAUGGAGAGCUUUCAUGAAGAAGCAAAUCCAGAGGGCGAGGAAAUUCUUCGAUGAUGCAGAGAAUGGUGUGAAAGAGCUGAGCCCCGCGAGUAGAUGGCCGGUGUGGGCGUCGUUGCUUCUGUACCGACAGAUCCUAGACGAGAUAGAGGCCAACGACUACAACAAUUUCACAAGGAGGGCUUAUGUUGGCAAACCACAGAAGAUUUUGGCUUUGCCACUUGCAUAUGCUAAGGCUCUUGUUCCUCCAAGAAGCUCAUCUUCUCUGCUAAAGAUUUGAUCGAUAACUAUAUUAUUAUGUAAAUGACAAAUCAUGGCAAUAAUUAACCUUUUUUUUUGUUUUUACAUAGGUUAUGCUUGCUUGA